GAGGGGAGCGGCGAGAGGUGGACGGCGAGCGGUGGACGGCGGACGGUGGACGGCGGACAGUGGACGGUGGGCGGUGGGCGUUGGACGGUGGACAGUCUGACGGCUACAUGAUUACCGGGCUUGGAAAACUCGCGCUGCCAGGAAAAAGACUAAUGGACCUUUUUGUUCCGAUGAAGUAGGGCCUGGAGCUGCUCAACUCAGAUGAAAGGAAGAUGCCCACGUAAAGGAUUUAGAGCUGAUACCAGCUGGCUGGAGUUGCUGCAGCUCUAGCGCCUGUUCCAGCCCUGGUCAUCAUCCUGCCACCAUGUUCAGACGCUGCGUGGGGCUACGACUUCUGCUGAUUAUUUGCGUGCUGAGUGCCGCUGGGUCGACUACAUCUCGGGAUCUCUCAGUGCAGCCAGAAAAGUGGCGAGGUAAUAACUACCUGCUUUGCCGCCUCGCGUCUUACGAAGGCGGAGACCUACUCAGCUUUAGCUGGGUGCGCCUUGAUGCCAACUCGACUCGGCACAUCCUAACAGCCGUCACUAGAGAUAAUUUCCAUCGUGUUCCUCUCGGUCAACACUUCCGCGUUGGAGAUCAGGUGAUUUGUGAGGUCCGUCCAGCGCUGGCCGUCAGACACCCCCCUCCCCGUCCCCUGCGCUCUCCCCCCACUCGCCUGGGGGUGACCUGGAGCAGUCGGCAGACGCGGGACGGCCGGACCGACCUCACACUGACCGUCUCCGCGCCCGUGACCUGUCGACCGAGGCGGAACUGUCGGCUGCUGCUGAGACUCCAACCACUGCAAGGGACAGCCGGAACCCAGUUAUUACUUCUCGACAAGUGUGUGGUAUCUUUCAACUGUCCGGGAGGCAUUUGCUGGCCUGAGAUCGUCACGGCAACAAUCAGCAGAGCGCCUCACGAUGGUCCACCGCGGCCGAUCACUGCCGAGCUGCGGGUGAUACUGGAGAACCGGGCAGAUCUGGGGCCGGAAUGGGCCGAGUACCAGCCACCGGUCAUCGCACUGACGGUGAGGCCGUCGACCCCGCUCAUCUGCCAACUGAUCGACGGUAGACACGUCGUCGGCUCCGACGCACGACUGCGGACUCUGAGACGCGCCGGGCAACACGUUCUGCUGGCCGGCCGCACCGACGGGGGGCGAGCGCAGGUGACUGUCAGCACUGUAGCCACACGAUGCGGCGGCCGGGUCGGACACUCCUUCUGCGCCUGCGCAGUGACCGUGGACGCCGGCUCGGAGUGGAUAGAGGUGGACGUAUGCCCCGACCCGGUGGACAGGAGAGAGCCCACGCUGCGCCGCUCCGCGCCGGCCGGCCGCGGGCUGCAGCUUCACGUGCUGGAGACACGGCCUGACUCGGCCUGGCUGAACGGAGAAGCAUUCCGCCCCAAGGGCGCAGAAAUGGAGCAGGCACACACGCCGCCGCCGACAGAUUGGAGGCGAUCGGCGCGGCAGAAACGACUGUGA